AUCAUUAUAAUUAAUAUAAUAAGAAAUAAAACUCAUAAGGUAAUCUCCCUCAAAGCAGUCUCUCGUACAGAAUCACUCUAAAAAAUUAUCUCCCGCAAAUCCAAAGAUCUCAAAGCUGAUUUUUUGCAUUCUCGCUCUCCCAAAUCUCUCAUUUAAAAGAAAGUGUUUUUGGCGUCCUGAACAUGAAGCCCAGAUUAAAGCAAACUUCAAGUUAAAAGUUGGGCGCAUACUUACUGGCUUGCUAUCAAAAGUUCGUGGAAAUAACAAGAGGCCUAGGUGGAUUCUACCUGAAAAUUGGCAAAAAUUAGUUGACCAUUGGGAGACAGAUUCGAGGUUCAAGCAGAUGAGUGAGAUUGGCAAGAAAGCUAGAGCAUCUCUUAAGGGUGGCUCUUUACACACGAGUGGAGCUCCGAGUCAGGGAAAUGUAACGAGAAAACUGGAAAAGGAACUUGGGAGGCCAAUAACUCAAGCUGAGGCAUUCAAGGCUACACACACAAGGAAGAAGAAAACCCAUGGAGAUCCUGAUGUUUGGGUUGAGCCACGAGCUCAGCUGACCUAUAAUCGAUAUCUGCAAUUCAUAAAGGAUUUUCGCCAAACGCUGCCAGAAGAUAGGCAAGACCUACCACUUAGCCAAGAACAGAAUAAGAGAAUAUGAUUAGAUGCGGUUGGUGGCCCGAGUAGGUAUGGAUAUGCUUAUGUCUUGCCCAACGAACCUUUCGUGAAUUUCAUUCGGAACUAGAAGGCCUCCGUAGUUUCCAAGAUGAUGAGUCAAGGGAGACGAUUUUGGCUUUGAAGCAGCAAAUAGCUGAGCUAUCUAGCAAAGCUAAGGCCUCGCAGGCUAGGGAAAGGCAAAGUGAUAUAUAAUAUGCAGGAAUGAAGGCCCAAUUCGAUGCAUUACUUGCUUCGGGGGGAUUCCCCUUUGUCCUGGUGAUGUAGUACGCCCUCCCCAACCUUCACAGUCUCUACCUAUUUCACAUGGAGUAUAUGGCCAAUAUAGAGAUGUGACUGAGGAGCCUAGCAGUGAUGAAGAUGAUGAUGAGGAUUACUAUGUGGACAAUACACCGACGCGUUGUUAAAGUUGAAUGUUGUCUAGAUAAUCCAAACUAUAUACUUUAUGGUGGUUUAUUUGAAUUCAUAAGUAUUUUUGAAUAGAUUAAAACUUUAAAGUAGUAUGAACGAUAGUGUUGUUAAAUAACUUAUUGACUUCUAUUUUUAUUCAUUUAAUUUCAAGGUAUUUAAAUUUUAUUUUCA